AUGUCGUUCCUCUUCCCGCGAACCGACACCCUCAAGGGCUGUUUCUCCUCGCCCGUCUCGGCCACUGAGGAUGCCGGGGUGCUCCUCCGCUGCCAACAGCAGCAGCAGAGACCCUCUCGCUACCAAGCCCGCCCGGAGCUCUACGGUGCCUUAUCUACCGUCGAUGACGUGAAGGGAAAGGCGAAGCAACUCAGCGCCGAGGCCACCGCUGAGUUCGACAAAGCCAGCGCGAAGGCCCAAUCCGCCGCCGGCGGCAAGAUCGAGCUGUACUCGGGCAAGUACUACGCCGCCUGUACCGUCGGCGGUCUUCUGGCUUGUGGGCUCACCCACACUGCCGUGACGCCACUUGAUCUCGUAAAGGUACGACGCCAGGUAGACAGCAAGUUGUAUACGGGAAACUUCCAGGCGUGGGGCAAGAUAUUCAGAUCGGAGGGCCUCCGCGGCAUCAUGACCGGCUGGGGCCCUACCUUCUGGGGUUACUCGGCGCAGGGCGCCUGCAAAUACGGCUUCUAUGAAUAUUUCAAGAGGCAGUACUCAGUCCUUGCGGGUCCCGAGAACGCCGAAAAGUACAAGACACUUCUCUUCCUCUCCGCCUCGGCCUCUGCUGAGUUCCUCGCCGACAUCGCGCUCUGCCCAUUCGAGGCCGUCAAGGUCCGGAUGCAGGGCGGCAUUCCCUCCCCUUACAAGGGCACUCUCGACGGUUUCAGCAAGGUCACGGCCAAGGAGGGCGUGGCUGGCUUGUACAAGGGGCUGUACCCGCUCUGGGGCCGCCAGAUCCCCUACACCAUGAUGAAGUUCGCCUCCUUUGAGACCAUUGUCGAGAUGAUCUACCAUCGCCUCCCCGGACAGAAGAGCGACUACAGCAAAGCCGCGCAGACGGGUGUCUCCUUCGUCGGCGGCUACCUCGCGGGCAUUCUCUGCGCCAUUGUCUCCCACCCGGCCGACGUAAUGGUCAGCAAGCUCAACGCAAACCGCCAGCAGGGCGAGGCGUUCGGCGCCGCCGUUGGGCGCAUCUACAAGGACAUUGGCUUCGGCGGCCUCUGGAACGGUCUGCCCGUCCGCAUCGUUAUGAUCGGUACCCUGACCGGUCUUCAGUGGAUGAUCUACGACUACUUCAAGAUCUUCAUGGGCUUCCCGACCACCGGAGGUGCCGCCCCCCCCGCCGAGAAGAGAUGA